CGAAAAAUCGAAUUUCGUCCGAAAUUCGUCCAUUUCGUUUGGGCCCGGAAUCUGUACGAUCCGCUCAAAUAAAUUCGGCCCGUUUUGAAUUUGCAGCCCGGCCCAAGGUCAAGAAUAGUCCAGAGAUAACCCCAGGAGGCAACCAAGAGAGUGAGGCGGGGGCAGCGCCGCCUCCGCCCGUAGCCAUCCUUCUCCCCGAGCAUCCACCACUCGCCAACCUUCUCCUCCAUCCACUCCCUCCCAUCCACGGCCAUGGAAUGUGCAGGCUUCCUCAACGGCGGUCGUUCAGCCAUUGACUGGUUCGGUAGUGGCACCUCCACCAUGGAGCACGACUGCACGCGAUCGUUGCGGGGGAAUCGGGGCUCAGGCGGCGACCGGGUCGACGGCGGCAGCAGCAUGGAGCGCAGCCACACGCGGCCGAUGGUGGGGCUGGGCUCAGGCAACGCCACUGCUCCAGACGCAAGCAAUGGCUCUGGAGUUGCACGUCCGCAUGCUGGGCAAGAUAAAGAAAGGAGGAGCAAUGGCAACCCUGGUGAUGAAGAUGUUGUGAUGGUGAAUGAUUCACCAACAACAGAGGCAACCUGGAAAGGACUUCUAAACAAUGACAUCUAUCAUAUCUGGAAUCAUGGCCCAAAGAUUGGUGGGGGCUUUGAUUGCCGGUAUUGCCGCCUAAAGAGUAGAGGAGGUGCAACCCGCUUUAGGGAGCACCUUGCUGGUAUACCAGGUGAUGUCAGGGAGUGCCCAAAUGUUCCAAGGAAUGUUCGUGCUGCAAUGAGGGAGUCCCGGGAUGUGACAAUGCUGAGGUCUGCCCGGCUUAGGAAAGUCAAGAAGGUCAAGAACGUCAGCAGCCUCUACAAAUAAGAUAGGUUAAGAAGCCUGGGAGCAAAGCUAUGUUGCUGUUUCAUGCAAGAUGCGUGUGAGUUCAUAUUCUCGUUUUGGGACAGUUGAAGAAUGUUUUGGGGCAGUGUAAGAACGUGAAGUCAAAAUGAGUUCAUGUUCUCGUUUUGGGGCCAGUAUGAUUGGACUUUGAAGUGCCCGGUUGUAGUAUGGAUUGUGAUUCUGAACUGUCUGUUAACUAGCCUAGCCUACUGUUGGACUAAUAUGUUGUGAUGGUUAAUAUCGGCUAUUGUUGAACUGUGGUUCUUAUGUUGUUAUUUUUGGGCACUGUUGAUCAAAUGCUCUUAUCUGAUGGAUAGAUUCUGCCGUA